ACUGAUACUCAGUCAAUUUGAGCUGUGGAUUUCUGUGGAACUAGUAUUCGUCUUUGCUUGAGAGGACACAGUGUAAUUUUGUCGGAGACUGUUUUCAAGGCUGCGGUAGCCUUUCCUGUUGAACCAUGUGUACUGGUAGCUGUGCUAAGUGCCUGGGCAUCACUCUCAUCCCCCUGGCCAUCCUGUGUCUGCUCUGCAACAUCUUGCUCUUUUUCCCCGGAGGCCUUGUCGCUGACCACAAUGACCACAUCACAGAAGAGGUGUGGUACUUUGGAGGGAUCUUCGGCUCUGGCGUUUUGAUGAUUUUUCCAGCUCUAGUCUUCUUGGGUCUGAAGAACAAUGACUGCUGUGGCUGCUGUGGAAAUGAAAGUUGUGGCAAGAGGUUUGCGAUGUUCACCUCGAUCAUAUUUGCUGCUAUUGGUGUAGUAGGAGCUGGUUAUUCCGUCAUCAUCUCUGCAGUCGCCAUCAACAGGGGACCCAUAUGCCAAAUUGAAAAUGGCACCUGGGCAUACCCAUUUAAUGAGGGAAACUACCUGUCGAACCACGACCUCUGGAUUCAGUGUCAGAAGCCGGAUGACAUUGUACCCUGGCAUCUGACCCUCUUCUCCAUGCUGCUGGCCAUGGGUCUGGUGCAGGUCGCCCUCUGCGGCUUCCAGGCCAUCAACGGCAUCAUUGGCACCAUCUGUGGGGACUGCUGUGGAUGUUGUGGGAGUAGUGAAGGUGCCUGAAGGAUCAACAACUGAGAAGUAGCAUCAGUCCUAGAGUUGUGUUUUACUCAUGUAUUUAUAAUGUUUAACUGUGCUUUUUUAAAACUGACUUUUUUGUAACUGAUUCCUAUAUUUUGCCUGAUGGAAAAUCGUAUGAUGGCAAAAGGGGCCAAAACCCUGCUCUUUCACUCGUAAAUAUUUAUUUUUGCACAUUUAAACAGUUUGGGCUUCAAGAGCUAUUAGAGGUUUUACUUCCUCUUCUAAAUCACAAACUUCUCACCUAUCAUCAAUUUCAAAGGAAACAUAAACAUUCAACAUUACACUGUACAUUGUAGAGCUAUGACGCAUAUCAUUUUCAGUAACAUUUUUGUAAAACGAAUUCCAAUCAUUUAAGUCACUGACUUUGUUUUCCUCAAGAACUUGUAAAAUAUUUCACAACCUUUUGAUAAUGUGGUGGCAACUUGUAUUUACCAGCCUUACCUGUUCCUCUCACCAGAGUGAGAUGUGUUCUCGUAUCUUGCUCCUCCUCAUUUGCUUUGAGGGCUUAUGCAACUUUACAGCCGUGCUGUUCUCAUUAAUAGACAGACAUUGUUUGCUUCCUCUACUUUGAGUAAACACUGUUUCCCCAA